GCUCAGGUUGCUAGGAAACGCGUCGUGUCCAUAUUGCCGAGGCGGAAGGAAGAUUCUGUAGUGUAAAAUAAAAAACACAAAGCACUUUUGAACAUUUUGCUAAUAUAUUUAUUUGUUUGUACGCUGCCAUGGUGAAAUUAAGAGCAAGGUGCCUUCUUGUAGGAGAUGCAGCAGUGGGGAAAAGUGCUCUCUCUCAGAUGUUCCGUAGUGAUGGAGCACACUUCCAGAAGAACUACAGUAUGACGGCUGGAGUGGAACUGGUUGUGAAGUCAGUGAACAUCCCAGAGACAAGCGACAGUGUGGAACUGUACAUCUUUGACUCUGCCGGGAGGGAAACCUUUGUUGAAGCAUGUGAGAAGUUGUGGGGCCAGCCGUCUGUGUUGUGUCUGGUGUUUGACGUGAGCAGUGAGCUGUCAUUCAGUAGCUGUGGCCGCUGGCUGGAGAGGGUCAGGGCCCACUGCCAGGGUCUGCACAUCCCAGGUGUGUUGGUGGGUAACAAGUCGGACCUGUCCUCGCGGAGGGAGGUGGAGACCUCGGUGGCCCAGGAGUGGGCCCAAAGCCAGGGGCUGCAGUACCACGAGACGUCCGCUAAGGAGAUGGAGAACUGUGAAGCUCCCUUUCUGAGUCUAGCCCAGCUGUUCCACGCUCUCUACCAAGACAGACUACAGACCAUACAGAACCUGGCCUAACAUUCUAGAACCUGGCCUAACAUUUCUCAUUCUGUGUGUAUGUGUGUGUGCAUGGCAUCUGUAUUGCAGAAGGAGAUGGAGAACUGUGAAGCUCCCUUUCUGAGUCUAGCCCAGCUGUUCCACGCUCUCUACCAAGACAGACUACAGACCAUACAGAACCUGGCCUAACAUUCUAGAACCUGGCCUAACAUUCUAGAAUCUGGCCUGACAAUCUUGAACCUGAACAUUCUAGAACCUGGCCUGACAAUCUUGUACCUGCACAUUCUAGAACCUGGCCUAACAUUCUAGAACCUGGCCUAACAUUCUAGAAUCUAGCCUGACAAUAUUGAACCUGAACAUUCUAGAAUCUGGCCUGACAAUCUUGAACCUGAACAUUGUAGAAUCUGGCCUACCAUUGUAGAACCUGCAGCAUCUGGCCUAACACAUAUAAAUACCUAUUACAUUGUAUAUAUUCUGUUUCUAUGGCCUCUAGAAAGGAUAUAUGGAUUAUAUUUCUAUGGAUUCCAGGACCUAGAACCAAUGUUCUAGAACUUGGCCCAACACUCCCUAAGUGAAAAAUACUGCCUCUGACAGUGACAAAUCCACCUUACAUUGGGGUGGAGAUUAAGAUGAAACUGUUAUCUAUUUACUACAAUAAUGAAUGUUAUGUAUAUUCUUCACGUUGUCUGAGUUAUGCAGGAGAACAUGAUAACUUGUAUUAAAGUUUGUGAUUUCUGUACAGUA